CCCGCACGUUCAUUGUUAUGACAGUGACAGUCGUUGCGAACUGUCAGAGUUGGUAAUUUUUUUUGUCUAUCGCUCAAUAAAAACGUAAACAAACCACUGAUUAUUGCUUAUCUCAAUAAAAUUUCUCAUAAAAAAGUGAAAUGUCUGACAGCGAGACAAAUAGGAAGAGUUCUUCAUCAAGUCGAGUUCAAGAUGAGUCAAAAAAUGAAACUACCGUUGAAAGUGAAUCGACCGCUGAUGCAUUUCGAAAAAAUAACUUUUUAUCGCUGAAGGACAAGGCAGAAAUUUUGCAGCGUCUGGAUGAAGGGGCAUUGGCAACAAAUUUGGCUCGUCAAUAUGGCAUAUCGAAAUCGACAAUUUCACGUUUCAAAAAGCGGAAAGAAACAAUACAAAACGCAGUGACAACCAUAUUCCCAAACAAUACCGACCGAAGAACGAUGCGCGGUACAUUUUACAAGAAAACCGAAGCAGCUCUCUAUGAAUGGUAUAAGAAGCAACGUCAGCAAAAUGUUGAAGUGACUGGAUCAAUGCUCAGAGAGAAGGCGCAGUUCUUUUACGACACAUUCGAAGAGAGUAAUUACAGUUUUUGUGCUAGUGUUGGCUGGCUGACCAAAUUCAAGCGACGAUAUGGCAUCAAAUUGGCACAUAGCUCCUCCCAAUCGAAUGAGAAACCAACUCUUUUUGAAGCUACAAAAUCAAGUGACGAUCAUCUGAAAACCAGUAAACAUAGCAGUCAUACAGUCUCACAUAAUGUUAGCCAAACUGAAACGCAAAAUGUGGAUAGAAAAGAUGCAAUGCGAUGCAUCGACACUGUGAUUCGAUGGUCAACCGAAAACACUAUUGAUUCUCUGUAUUUAACAAUGUUACGAAGCUUGAAAAAUCAAAUAAAAAUGAGCCCCAAAGUGAAAUAUGUUAGUAAAUAGAAGCUAUAAUUUAAAAAGAGUAGUUUUUAAGUAAAAAAAAAUAAUUUUCUGGAAAAUAAAUAA